CUAUGACGUGUCAAAACCUGUUUUUUAUACAGUCUAUUGUCAGAACACCCUCGAGUUUAAAUAAUAUGCAGCUUUAAGCAGCAGAUUUAAGUAUGUUUGUGUACAAUAGUUGAAUAUAAUGUAAACGAACGGCGGUAUUAAUAUCUUUCCAAGACUGUCACCUCUCUAGAACAGAAGGAGAACGCAAAUAUACUUAGGAAUGUUGCGAUGUCAACCGACCAGGAAGCACAAGAAGAUGAGCUGCUUGCUCUAGCGAGCAUCUAUGAUGAAAAAGAGUUCCGCAGGGCCGAGUCAGCGAAGGAGGGCGAGAUCCAUCUGUGUCUGGAGCUUCCUCCGAACUUCACACUGCUAGUCAACGGACACAACUCCACAGAGCAUCAUCUAUCAUAUCUAGGUCCACUGGUUCUGAGUUUUGGAUUCCCGGCUAAUUAUCCUUCAGCUUCGGCUCCAGUUUUUGCUCUAGGCUCCAAUUGGCUCACAAGAGUCCAGAUAACUGCGCUUUGCAGGAGACUGGAUGAGCUUUGGGAGGAGAACCAAGGCAAUGUGAUUCUUUUUACCUGGAUGCAGUUCCUCAAGGAAGAGACUCUGGACUUCCUGGGAAUCCAGUCACCGCUGGAAAUCCAGAGCAUUGAGAGUGAAUCUGGCUUAAAACAAGCAGCGGACGUUUCCGGAGAAAAAUGUCAAGUGCAAGAUUUAGACCCAAGAGCUGUGCAAGAAGUUGAUGCUCGCACAGAUAUACUGAGUCAGCUGCUAGAUUUUGACGAAGCUCAGAAUCAGAAGGUGUUUGAUGGGAAGGUGUUCUGCUGCGGCAUCUGUUACUCAGAGAAGCUCGGAUCGGAAUCACUGCUCUUCAAAGAGUGUCAGCAUGUGUACUGCAAGUCCUGCAUGAAGGAAUACUUUCAGAUCCAGAUUAGGGACGGAAAGGUCCAGUGCCUUACCUGCCCUGAGCCAAAGUGUGUGUCCAUGGCCACUCCUUCACAGGUGAAACUUCUUGUGAGCAAAGACGAGUUUGCACGCUAUGAUCGUCUCCUGUUGCAGUCGAGUCUAGACCUGAUGAAGGAUGUGGUGUAUUGUCCUCGUAAAAGCUGCUGUAUGGCGGUGAUGGUGGAGCCAGACUCAAACAUGGGCAUCUGUCCCGCCUGCAAAUAUCCCUUCUGUACACUCUGUAAGCGGAGCUAUCACGGCCUCAAUCACUGCAUACCGACUGAUGAUGUUCCCAGUCAAAGUACUGUCAUUUGUCAUGACAUUGAUGUUGGACACUCCCCUCCUGUCAAGCAGCACACAUAUUGGGUUAACUACCAAAAACAUGAGAUAAUGAGAGAGGAAGUGCGAUACUUGUUGCAGCAUGGUUUCGUUCAACCUAGUCAAAGCCCCUGGACCUCACCCUGUUUGCUGGUGCCGACGUCUGACACUACGUAUAGAUUCUGUACAGACUAUCGCAAAGUUAAUAGUCUUACUAAACUGGACUCUUUCCCACCUCGGAUGGAGGAUUGUAUGGACCGAAUUGGUGCAGCCCGCUACAUCACUAAACUUGACUUGCUAAAGGGCUAUUGGCAAGUGCCACUAACAGACCGGGCCUCUGAGAUAUCUGCUUUUGUUACUCCAGAUAACUUCCUGCAAUAUUCUGUAAUGGCCUUCGGGAUGCGAAAAGGACCAGUCACCUUCCAGCGUCGGAUGCAGAGAGUUUAAUCUGGAGUAGCCAACUGUGAAGCUUAUCUGGAUGAUGUAGUGAUCUUUUCAGAUACAUGGGAAAACCAUCUAGAUACACUUACUGAGGUUUUUAGUCAUUUGGCUGAAGCUUCGUUGACGUUGAAUCUGGCUUAGUUAUAUACUUGGGUAAGCGAAAAUGUAAUUGCAGAUGCACUAUCCAGAACCAAUAGUGCAGACAGUUGACCUGUGGAUACUUUGCCCCUUUGGAUGUGAGUACAUGUUAUGUUGAAUUAUUACAAUUAUUCCUCUUCUAAUACAAUUGAUAAUGCAUGUAAACAAUCGAUCGGAUUGAACCACGAAGCUGAAAGGAUUGUACAUGUGCAAUGAUGCAGAAAUAACGUAGGCUAAUGGUGUAGGACGCACAGAACGAUCAGCUCCUCCUUCUGAUUAAAGUUUUGUAUUAAUGUGUGUCCUGUCAUUAUAAAAAUCUCCUUUCACUCGGCAAUUGUGGAGCAGGACAACCUUGUUUUGGAUACUCAUCCACAUUUUGGCUGCGGAGAGGGGCUUAUUUUUUAUUUUAUUUUAUUUUUCGUGAAAAAUAUGAGUAUCACAGCCCUGUGGUUUAUAUGUGUAUUUAUCCAUAAAUUAGUAAAUAUUAUUUCUGCUAGUAAUAAACAAAUAAAAAACUGUGUAGGGUCACUUUCACUGUUUGAGCAGUGUGCACAUGUCAAAAACAAACAAAAAAACAUUCCGAUUUGAAGCUUGAGACAUAAAAACAUGCACAUCAACUCGAUCACUUUAACAAGCGUUUACGUAAACACUACAAUCAGAUUCAUCAAUCAUGAGUUCAGUCCAAUUCAGCACAAAAAUUGUACAUGUAAAUGUAGCCAUUGUCUCUAUUUUAACACGAAAUACUCCCAUAAUGGAAAAGUAAUAAAAAAGUUUUUUUUUAAAAUAGAAUUUUUGAAUUGGUCAAUUGAUCAUAAUUUUUUACCUAUAUAUGUAUUAGUAAUAUUUUUUUUUUAAUACAAAGGAAAAAAAGAAAACAUAUUAUUGAACAAAAAUAUAUUACCCUGAUUUUACUUAAAAUAAAAACCAAUUACAUUUUAGGUGUCUGGUCACUUUAGACAGCAACAACACAAGUGUGACUCCCAACACCAGAGGCUAAAGAGUAGCUUGUGUCGGAUGUUAGACAUAAUAUCGUAUCGUAUAUUAGAUGCUCAGUGCUAAAGAAUGUGAAGUCCACACACUUUGUUAGUUUGUUC